ACAUGUUAAUCCAUUUGUUCUUCUGGAUGAUCUGUGAGGCAGAUUGUAGUGUUUCUGUUUUAUACAUGAGGAAAUGGUCAGAGAGGUUGAAUGACUUACCUAAGAUACCGUGUGCUGAUAAGUGACAGAGGCAACAUCUGGAACCAGAUACUCAGUUGUACCUGAUUUCUGCAUGUUGUCAUCUCAUAUACAACUGGUCUCCACAACAGUCCGGCUUGUUCAUUCCCUGAUCCGCAAUCCUUCCUGUUCCUGCAUGGAUUUGAAGGCUCUCCUUUCCUCCUUGAAUGACUUUGCGUCCCUCUCAUUUGCUGAGAGUUGGGACAAUGUUGGAUUACUGGUGGAACCAAGUCCACCACAUGCUGUAAACACACUCUUCCUGACCAAUGACUUGACAGAAGAAGUGAUGGAGGAGGCGCUGCAAAAAAAGGCUGAUUUCAUUCUCUCCUACCAUCCACCUAUUUUCCGACCCAUGAAGCGCAUAACCUGGAAAACCUGGAAGGAACGCCUGGUGAUCCGGGCUCUGGAGAACAGAGUCGCUAUUUACUCUCCUCACACAGCCUAUGAUGCUGCACCCCAGGGAGUCAACAACUGGUUGGCCAAAGGGCUUGGAGUUUGCACCUCCAGGCCCAUACAUCCUUCCAAAGCACCUAACUACCCAACAGAGGGAACACACAGAGUAGAAUUUAAUGUUAACCACACCCAAGACCUGGACAGAGUCAUUUCUACAGUGAAAGGAAUUUCAGGUGUUUCUGUCACCUCUUUUUCUGCUAGGACUGAGGAUGAAGAACAAACACGGAUCAGUCUGAACUGUAGUCAGCAGGCUUUGAUGCAGGUGGUGGCUUUUCUUUCCCAGAACAGACAACUUUAUCAGAAGACUGAAAUUCUGUCACUGGAAAAGCCUCUGCUUCUACACACUGGAAUGGGACGGUUAUGCACACUGGACGAAACUGUCUCCUUGGCAACCAUGAUUGAGCGAAUCAAAAAGCACCUAAAACUAUCACAUAUUCGCCUUGCUCUUGGGGUAGGGAGGACCUUAGAAUCCCAAGUCAAAGUUGUGGCUCUGUGUGCUGGUUCUGGGAGCAGUGUUCUGCAGGGGGCAGAAGCCGACCUUUACCUUACAGGUGAGAUGUCCCAUCAUGAUAUUUUAGAUGCUGCUUCCCAAGGAAUAAAUGUCGUCCUCUGUGAACAUAGCAACACUGAACGAGGCUUUCUGUCUGAUCUUCAAGAUAUGCUGAGUGCUCAUUUGGAGAAUAAGAUUAAUAUUAUCCUGUCAGAAACAGACAGGGACCCUCUUCAGGUGGUAUAAUGUGUACAGGAAUAGGAUGACAAUCUACAAAUCAUUUCACUUCUAAUUCAAAUGUACAACACAAAUCAGUGGUUUGUAUCUUUCUGAAAGAAUGUUUUAGAAUAUACACCUGGUUUUUUUAACUUCUGAUCACUUCUUGUUUUUUAAUAUACUUCACUAAACAUUCUCCAGUUUUUAGGGUAAAAACUGUAAUGUAACUAUCAUUAAAGAACAAAUGAGUAUAAAGAUGAUUAAAAGGAUGAUUAUAAAGAACAAAAUAUUAUAAACUCUACGUGAGGUUGACUAAAAUCUGUUAACAUUCUUCGAAAAUAGUUCAAGUAAUCCUCUCCUUAGAUUAAUUAUGAUAGGUGGGAUGUGUCAUUCUGGAUCUCUCUGUAGUUAAAAUAUACUUUAAAUAUUUGGGAUUGAACACUUAUUUCUAUGUAGUAAUCUCUAGGAGGUGAUAUGGUCUGUAUGUGUAUUCUUAGAUUACUAAUCUCUGCCCCUAAAUUUCAGAAUCUGAAUGAGAUUUAUCAGGAUGAGGUUUGGGUUUUUUCCCUUAAUAUACACAAUCAUUAUUUAUAUAACUUGUUUUAGUAUUUUUUAGGUAACUUAUCUGUAAUUAGUAAUAUAAAAUGAUGAUUGGCUCUCAAUACUAGUGAUUAUUUAUACAAUAAUUUUGUGCCAGACACUCCGCUAGUUGCUUUAUAAACACUUUCAAUUCCUUAUAAGCAAGCCUACAGGUAUUAUACCCAUUUUUGAGAACUAGCAAACCGCAACAGUCAUCUCACCUCCCAGGGUGCAGAAAAACACAUUCUAAACAAUGCUGCUGGCUCCACGUUUGAAUUAGGUGGGGGAAAGAAAUUUAGACUUCUAAGAGUUUUCUUCCUCUUUUUUUGGCAGGCAGAACCUAUUAUUCAUUUAUUAUGGGUAGAAUUCCCAUUUUGCAAACAAACCUCUUACUUUUGGGAAGUUCAGGGUUUCAAAAUGUCUUUGGUGUAUAUUUCUAGAUACCGGAGGGGCAGAAUUCCCCUGCUGCUCAUCAAAUGACAUGCACUUGCAGCUGCAGAGCAUUGUGCAGGAGUAUUUUUCUAUUCCAGAGCGAAAUACUUACAAAACAGAGUUAAAUAUAUAUAUACGUAGUGCAUACAGGAUAACCCCCUGGUAACCAUAUAUGCUCCCCAAUCUUCUCAAACUAUAAUUUGCUUACUGUCCCAAGUUUUAUCUCUACUACUCUUCCUCUCUUUUUUCCUGCCAUUUCUCUCAUCUGGAAUCCUGUCUAAGUUCCUACUCAGAUACUACCAUUUCAAGGACCAAAGUCUCAUCUAGCCACUAAAAGGCCUCCCUAUUCUACAGUAAUCUAGGCUCUGACCUUUAUCACAUUUAUCAAGCAUUUGGCUUUAAUCUUUGUGCUGCCUAAUACUGUUAAUUAGCUUUUCAAAAGUUUUUGACAUAUCAUCCACUUAGAUUAUAAGCACCUUAAAGUCAGAUUCCUAUAUUUUUUUCUGUAUUACUCAUGCACCUAUGUAGCAGACGCUCUACAUGUCCUAGUUUUGAAAAGUAACAUAAUCCAAAUGUGACACAACAUGUACAUUUAGUGUUCUUGACAGACUUUCUAGAACUAAUCCACAUUCUCUGUACAAACAUGGAGUUUCUGCUAGCCCAAUAAAUUUGUUUUGGGAAUCAGAACUCAUCAGCUGACUCUGUCCUAGCCACAGGACUGCAGUUGUUCAUCCCAUGGGACCUCAACUCUGAUGUCAUAAACAAAAUUUGGAUCAUCCUUCAGAUUUUUCUAAAAAGUUCUUCCAUGAUGCUCUUCCUUUUGGCAAGUUCUGUCAUCUAGUUUGCUCAGAUCUUCCUCAGGAUCAAUGAUUGUUUCCCAUGGAAUUUGUUACAUUGUUUUUCCAAACUCUGCCCCUACAAGUAACGGAAAAAAUUGGAAAAUACUGUAACUUCACUUGCCUUCACUCGCUUUCUCAGGGACUUGUUCCAGGUAACUCUUGUGUCCCGGAUUAUUUUACUGUUCAGCUUCUCUGUUGCAAUAUGAAAAGUUUGACAGGCAUGAUGCACUGGCAACUUUACCCCUUCAUUUCAUUCUCAUAGACCAAGAUAACAGCUGGAUGUUAGAACCUAAUCGCACGUUUCUUGGCAAUG